AUGAUCUUCAACAUCAAUAUCAAUUAUCAAAUUUGUUCGAUCAUAUUGAUGAAAUUGAAAAGAAUGUGGUGUUUAAUUAAUAUGUUAAAUAAAUUUAUCAAUCAUUCUAUCAAUUAAUUGGAGGAAUCAAAACUAAAUAUAUAUAUCUAAGGAUUAAAUCUUUAACUUGAACUCAAUACAAAUAAUUUUGUUAAACCAUCCAAUUCAAAUCGUUGA